AUGUAUCCCUCAGCACCUGAUGAUCAAUAUCCCCAAGAGAAACAUGCAGCAGAUGGGCGUCCAAGCCCUGGAAUAAUCCCAAAUCCAAGUAUGGCACAACCUUAUCAUGCUCCAUACAUACCGCGCCUUCAGGUUCCUGCAGCUGCUGCAGCGGGGAGGUGGUCCACUGGUCUCUGCCAUUGUUGUGACGAUCCUGCAAAUUGUAUGGUCACUUGCUUUUGCCCCUGCAUCACAUUCGGACAAAUUGCUGAGAUUGUGGACAAAGGGUCCUCAAGUUGCGGUUCAAGAGGGGCGACUUAUGGGCUGCUUCUUGGCUGCACUGGUCUAGCAUGCUUGUACUCGUGCAGUUAUAGAUCAAAACUGAGAGGUCAAUAUGAUUUGGAAGAAUCACCUUGCGUGGAUUGCCUUGUCCACUUCUGCUGCGAGACUUGUGCGCUUUGUCAAGAGUACAGAGAGCUCAAGGAGCGCGGUUUUGAUCUCGGUAUAGGUUGGGAGGCCAACUUGGGAAGACAACAACGUGGAGUUACCGCUGCGCCAAUUGUGGCACCACCCAUGACAAGAUGA